AUGGCCGACUUGGUGGAGAAAUCGAAAAAACUAUCAGCAUUCGCGGCUGUGGACGAGAAUCUUAAGCCAGAUCACAAAGUGAUUGGUAUCGGGUCAGGUUCGACCGUUGUUUAUGUUGCUGAAAGAGUCGGACAGUCUACUAACAAAGAAAAGUUUGUUUGCAUUCCGACCGGAUUCCAAUCCAAACAGCUCAUCAUCGAUAAUGGACUCCAUCUAGGGUCACCUGAGCAAUACCCCGAAAUUGACAUUGCCUUUGACGGUGCCGACGAGAUUGAUUCCAACUUGAGUUUAAUUAAGGGUGGAGGUGCUUGCUUGUUCCAAGAGAAGCUGGUGGCUGCCUCUGCCAAACAGUUCAUCGUGGUCGCAGACUACAGAAAGGACACUGGUAUUUUGGGUAAGGGCUGGAGAAAAGGUAUUCCUAUCGAGGUCGUUCCAAUGGCCUACACGAAAGUGAGCCUUGAACUCUCUAAAUUGGGUGGUAAGCCAAACGUUCGUUCCGGACUCCCAGGCAAGGCCGGUCCAGUUGUCACUGAUAAUGGAAACUUCAUCAUUGAUUGCGAUUUUGGUGAAAUUUCGCCUGAGUCUGUUGCCGACCUCAACUCCAAGAUUAAGAGUUUAGUGGGUGUUGUGGAAACUGGAAUCUUUGUGGGAAUGGCUCAGAAAUCCUACAUCGGAAAUAGCGAUGGAACUAUUUCCACGAAGUCAGCCUAA